UGUUGGUUUCAAAGAAGGAUGAAUGGGAUUUCCAGGUUUAAGCAUUACAGAGGAAGGAGGAGGAAAUGUAAUGAGCAAAGUGAGCUGUAACAACAGGUUUGUAGGCUUGUGCUCGCUAUCAUAUAGUUGGGUUUUGCUGAUGAGAAGGUAGCUAAGUCCUGAGUUUGAUACAAGAUACCCAAAAACACAUAGCCAUCCCUUCUCUUUCCCUGGUCACUUCUUUCUAUUGUACCAGACUGCCAAGGUACAAAGCCUUUUCCUGGGAGGUCCAACCCCAAAAAUCACAUAGACAAUGCAAUUUGUGAAUCUUUGCAUCAAAACUGCUAUUUUCACAUUCAUUUGGUCCCACCCAGCCCAGCAUUGGCUGCUCAGAGCAGCAGUGUUGCCUGUUUUGAGCCUGUGGCGUGCAAUUGCCUUUGCUACUUCCACUCCUUUCCCCAGCAGCACAGUAAACAGACGUGUGACAGGAAGCUAUGGCAUCAAAGGAGCCGGCCUCUUUGGUGGACAGAACCACCUGGGAUUUCCUCAACCUGCUGGACAUGCUGGGGAGCCGGAACGGACGGGUAGGGGUGAUGGAGGUGGACCAUGCUGAGUCAAGAGCUCCCUCAUUGCUGGUGGAUUUUACCCGGGACCUGUGUGGCACAGGGGACAUCAAGCACAAACCACAGCAGGCAGAGAAUGAGGGAAAGGAGGAGGAAGACCUGGUUCCCCCACAUCUGAUUUUUAUGCUAUGGCAAGCCAGUGUGUUGAAAAGGCUCAUGCAGUGGGAUCACCUGGAGGAAGCUGUCCGGGAUGUGAGGAGCCUCCUCCCCUGCCUGCCGCAUGUGCUGGUGCUUGUGAUGAUCCGCCCUGACUCCCAGGAGCAGCUGGACCAGGCGGUGAGAGCGCUGAGGAGAAUGCAGUGUGUGCUGGAUGGGGCCCUGCAACUGACUGUAGAGACUGCAAUUUACAGCCCAGGCCAGCCAGGAGGUGUCCUGGAGGCAAAGAGAGCUGCCUGUAGGGCACUGAGAGAAGCCUUGAACUGCCAUGAAGAAGUCGACUCCCAGGAGCCAUUUGUUAUUUCACUCCCAGAGCUCAGAUACUGCCGAGUUCUGCCUGAACGUAGGCAAGAGAAAGUAUCAAAGACAGAUGGAGAAUGAAUUCCUUGGGCAGCCAAAUCUGUCAGAUCUUUUGUCAUCCUAAGAUCUUCAUUAUCAUCAAAAAAAGGAUUAAACACCUGAUAUUUAUCUCA